AGAGAGAGAGACUCCGGCCAGUCUCCCACGCCACAUCCUUCAAUUAUUAACAUCAUCAUCAUCAUAAUACAUCAUUCACUUCACUCUGUCACUCAUUUCUUCCAGAACCCACUUCCCCCACUCACACAUUUGUCUCUCGAUCUGCAGCUACUUUACUGUCAACUGGAAGCAUAUGUUGGUUUACGAUAGAUCACACUACAAGAUAUUAGGUGCUGAGAUGCAUGGUUGUUCUAGUAGUAAUAUGUCUUAAAUUUUCCAAUAUGUAUACAUCAUUCUGAAGAAUCAAAAGCUGGUGGUGUGCGCCUGUGUACCAGUCAUCUAGCUCUUAUAUAUAAUCAAUCACAAGAUGCAGAACAAAGUUUGUAGCUUCAAAUUAGGCCAAAAUGGGAAGCAGCUGAUCAAGGGUCGUCAUGAAGCAGAUGGUGAUCAUCAACCGCUUCAUGAUCAACAUGACGUUUACAAGAGCAAUGAUCAAAUGAAGGAUCUCAACUUGAGUAACCUCUCAAAGCUCAUACUUCCUCCCUUGGGUGCCUCAAGCUACAACCAGACUCCAAUGCAAUCAAAAGGCUGGGUUAUCACCCCUAUGGACUCCAGAUACAGGGGUUGGGAGACAUUUAUGGUGCUUUUGGUGGCUUACUCGGCAUGGGUUUACCCGUUUGAGGUUGCAUUUCUCAACUCACCGGGAGCAGGCAACAAGCGAGCUCUCUGCUUAGCAGACUACAUUGUUGAUCUAUUUUUCGGCAUCGAUAUCAUAUUGACAUUCUUCGUCGCAUAUAUCGAUCCCAGAACACAGUUGCUUGUUCUCGACUCCAAAAAAAUCGCUAUAAGAUACCUUUCAACAUGGUUCUUAAUGGAUUUGGCAUCAACACUCCCCUUUGAGGUUAUCGGCAAACACAAUUUAGGUUUCUCAUACUCUCUCUUGGGAUUGCUCCGAUUUUGGCGAUUAAGACGUGCAAAGAGACUCCUCACAAGGCUUGAGAAGGACAUCAGGUUAAACUACUUCUGGGUCAGGUGCGCCAGGCUUUUAUCUGUGACACUGUUCUCAGUACAUUGUGCUGGAUGCUUGUACUAUCUGCUAGCAGACCGAUAUCCGCACCAAGGGAAGACAUGGAUUGGAGCUGUUAUUCCAAAUUUCAGAGAGACUAGUCUGUGGAUUCGCUACAUUUCAGCACUCUACUGGUCCAUCACCACCAUGUCCACUGUUGGUUAUGGUGACCUCCAUGCAAAUAACACUACGGAAAUGAUCUUCAUUAUCUUUUACAUGCUUUUCAACCUCGGCCUUACUGCUUACCUAAUCGGCAACAUGACAAACUUAGUUGUUGAAGGCACUCGUCGUACCAUGGAAUUUAGAAACAGCGUUGAAGCGGCAUCAAACUUUGUUGGCCGCAAUCACUUGCCUCCAAGGUUAAGGGAUCAAAUUUUGGCUUAUAUAUGCUUGAGAUUUAAGGCUGAGAGCUUGAACCAGCAGCAAAUAAUUGAACAGCUCCCCAAGUCAAUUUGUAAAAGCAUCUGUCAACAAUUGUUCAUGCCAACAGUAGAGAAAGUUUAUCUUUUCAAGGGUGUCUCAAUGGAAACACGUCUUCUCCUGGUUGCAAACAUGAAGGCAGAGUACAUACCACCAAAAGAAGAUGUUUUAAUGCAAAAUGAAGCACCCGAUGAUAUAUACAUCAUCGUUUCGGGAGAAGUGGAGAUCAUUGAUUCUGAAAUGGAUAAAGAGAUAGUCGUCGGGACUUUGAAAUCUGGGGACAUGUUUGGAGAAGUCGGUGCAAUUUGUUGCCGAGAAGUUGGUGCACUUUGUUGUAGACCUCAAAGCUUUACAUAUCGAACGAAAACGCUUUCACAACUCUUGAGACUCAAAACUACUGCACUAAUAGAAGCAAUGCAUACCAACCAAGAAGACAAUGCUCAAAUGCUUAAGAACUUCAAGCAGCAUCACAAAAAGCUCAGAGAUCUGAAAAUUGCAGAAAUAUUGGUUGAAAGUGGGGAGGAAGAGGCCAUGGGUGAUUCACAUUUAGCAUUUGACUUAUUGACUGUUGCAAGCAAAGGGAAUGCUGCACUUCUUGAAGAGCUUCUCAAGUCAAAGUUGGAUCCUGACAUUGGAGACUCCAAAGGAAGAACUCCUCUGCAUGUAGCAGCAUCAAACGGGCAUGAAGAAUGUGUCUUGGUACUCCUCAAGUAUGCUUGUAACAUACAUGCAAGAGACAUCAAUGGUGACACAGCAUUAUGGGAGGCAAUUGCAUCAAAGCACCAUUCCAUAUUCAAGAUUCUCUACUAUUGCGCUGCCUAUUCUUAUCCCUACACUGCCGGUGAUCUUCUAUGCACAGCUGCCAGAAGAAACGAUCUGACCGUGAUGAAGGAACUGUUGAAGCAUGAAUUGCAUGUUGAUUCAAAGGAUUGCGCCGGGAAAACAGCAGUACAAAUAGCCAUGGAAGAAAACAAUGUAGACAUGGUUAACUUGCUAGUGAUGAAUGGAGCAGAUGUCACCAAUGUUUCACAAGACUACUUAUUUCCUUCACAAACCUUAACCGAUAUGCUGCAAAAACGAGAGAUCGGACACCGGAUUACAGUGCCAGACCCUACACUGAACGAACUGCUUAAUUUCAGAAAUGAUGGAGUGAAAUUUCCAAGAGUAAGCAUAUAUAGAGGUCAUCCUGUGACAAGAAGAAACACCUGUUGCACUGAAUCUGGGAAGCUGAUUAGAUUGCCGAAUUCACUAGAGGAGCUCAAAAAUAUUGCAGGUGACAAGUUUGGGUUCGAUCCAAGGAAUGUAAUAAUAUCGGAUGAAGGAGGAGCAGAAAUCGACUGUAUCGAAGUGAUCAGAGACAAUGACAAGCUUUUCAUAUAUAGUUGAUGUCACAGAUUAACCGUGGGAAGCUCCAAUAUUAUUGGGAUGUAAGAUAAGAAACUGACCUUUGUCCGUCUCGACGGAAAAUCUGAAGUAGUUCCAGCAAAGAAAGUCGCAAACUUUAUUUUGAAUUUGUUGCUAAUUCAAUUGAGGCCAAACUCCUUUACAAGAUACAAGUUUCCUCUAACCUCAAUUUAAAAUUUCGAACGGUGAAAAAG